UCUGGAACAGUUGCAAGAAGCAGCCCAAAGAUCUCAAAAAUGGCCUUCGCUGGAAUUCUUAAGGACGAGGAUGUCACUGCCGCCCUCGCUGGCUGCGCAGCUGCUGACUCUUUCAACUACAAGACCUUCUUCGCCAAGGUCGGCCUGAGCGCAAAAUCCGCCGAUGAGGUCAAAAAGGCUUUCUACGUCAUUGACCAGGACAAGAGUGGCUUCAUUGAGGAGGAUGAGUUGAAACUCUUCCUGCAGACCUUCUCCCCCAGCGCCAGAGCAUUGACUGAUGCUGAGACCAAGACCUUCCUCGCUGCCGGAGACGAAGACGGUGACGGCAAAAUUGGAGUUGAUGAGUUCGCUGUGCUUGUUAAGGCUUAAAACCUUUAUGGACCCUCGUCUUUGGAACCAGAGCUCUGCUUAGAUCUUUUUUAUAUUUAUUUAUGAAAGCCCUGCAAACUCCUCCUCGCAAAGAACGCAUAUCCAA